CGAGGGACCAUGAAGGCAACACGAGGAUCAAGCUGGAGGAAAGUAAAAAGUCGCUGCAGCCGAAGAAGAAACACCGUGACGAAAAGUUUACACAACUAUAAGACUUUAGUGGAUCGUAAGUGUGUACGGAGUUAUGUUUAGUGAGCGCCCAGCUGCUGGUCAACUUUUUGUUCAGGAUUUGUCGACGUGUCGGUGCCUCGGUUGAGGGAGAGUUCUGCUUUCAGUCGGAUGGAAGUGAGUGAGACGGAUCAGUUUUGAGGACCGGCCGGUCUAACAGCCCGUCUGGAAGACUUUGACUGUCUCUUUAGUUCAAUGUCCACAGUUAACUGCGCCGAGGAGCUGGACUUCAGACUGAUCUUUGAGGAAGAUUGUACACACACAACAGCUCCAGAUCUGGAUGUGAAGACGCCUCCUUCCACAACACAGGCUCUGGCCGAGCAGCUCUUCAACCAGGAGCUGCAGAGUCACCCUUCAUCUGUGCCCCCUACAGACAGCUAUCAGCAUGCUGCCUACCAAUCUCACGGACCCUACUGCAGCCCCCAGGGGAACCCCAGGGCCUUCGACUGCCCCAGCAUCCAAAUAACCUCCAUUACUCAUAACAAUCAUGUAGAGCCUGGCAGUACCCAGGGGCCUCUGGGAGUAGGCGGUGCAGAGGGGGGUUACCCUGAGGCCCUCUGGUCCAGAGAUCAGCUCUACCUGCCUCUGGACCCCUGCUAUCGGGAAACUGCUCUAUGUCCUAGUCCCUGCAGCAGCCUGUCCUCCAGGAGCUGGAUGUCAGACCUCUCCUCCUGUGAGUCCUUCUCUCAUGGUUACGAUGACGUGGACGGAGAGCUGCGUGACGCUGCUCUCCAUGCUCUAGGGUCCCCCUUUGGGUCACCUCUGGGGUCCCCGGGCUGUGGCGGAGGAGCAUUUGGGGUGGAGCUGUGGCAGCAGAAGUACCAGCAUCCUUCAGCCUUCAGCCCAUCGUUGUCGCCCCAUCAGUCACCCCGCCAGUCACCUUCCCACUCCCCUCGCACCAGUGUCACAGAUGAGACCUGGCUAAACCGUCGGCCCUCCUCCAGACCGUCAUCCAGACCAACCUCUCCCUUUGGAAAGAGACGGCACUCCAGCUCCGACCCUCACGCCCGCUCACCCUCUCCUCAUCACUCCCCCAGUCCCACUCCGGGCACCUCCCCCCUGGGCAGCAUGACAGAUGACACCUGGGUGGGAAGUCCUGCUGGUGGCCUUGGAAACCUCCUCAGUUCUGGUUACCAGGACCUUGAUGUCCCAUCUAAGACCAGGAGAACAUCAGGAAGCCAGCUUGGCCUCUUGGCCUGUCAAGGAGAACAGGGCCAGGAUUCUCCCAGAGAGGAGGUCAGAGAACAGGAUGGCCUGGCUGAGCUCUUCCUUCAGGUGCCUUCCCACUUCAGCUGGAAUAAACCUAAACCUGGAAACCCUCCAUUAUUCAGGGCCCUGUCCCCCCCUCCGCUGGACUGGCCUCUGCCCAGCCAGUAUGACCACACUGAGCUAAAACUGGAGAUCCAGCCCAAGUCCUACCACAGGGCUCAUUACGAGACGGAAGGCAGCAGAGGAUCCAUCAAGGCAGCUACUGGAGGACAUCCCAUCAUCACGCUGAAGGGCUACAGCGAGCAGCCGGUCAGCCUGCUGCUGUUCAUCGGCACGGCGGACGACAGAUACCUCCGUCCUCAUUCCUUCUACCAGGUCCACAGAGUGACAGGAAAGACCGUCACCACAGUCUGCCAAGAGAAAAUCAUGAGCAACACCAAGGUCCUCGAGAUCCCUCUGCUUCCAGAAAACAACAUGUCCGCCAGCAUUGACUGUGCCGGCAUCCUGAAGCUGCGUAAUGCUGAUAUUGAACUGAAGAAAGGCGAGACAGACAUUGGGAGGAAGAACACCAGGGUUCGGGUUGUGUUCAGAGUCGCUGUCCCUCAACAGGAUGGCCGGAUGCUGUGGCUGCAGACUGUUUCUGUUCCUGUGGAGUGUUCCCAGCGAUCAGGUCAGGAGCUUCCUCAGGUGGAGAGCUUCAGUCCAGCCAGCUGCUCUGUGAACGGUGGAGAAGAGCUGCUCAUCACCGGAUCCAACAUCUCUGCUCAGUCCAGAGUAGUUUUCACAGAGAAAGGGCCUGAUGGACGAGCCCUGUGGGAAAUGGAUGCCAGAGUUGUACCAGAAAAAAGUAAUGAAUCCAAUAUCGUAGUGGAGGUUCCUCCCUACAAUAAGAGGAUGACAAGUCCAGUACAGGUCCAGUUCUAUAUCUCAAAUGGAAAGAGAAGAAGAAGUCUAAUGCAGAGCUUCACCUACUUGCCAGGGGUCAGAUGUGACCAUCUUUCUCCUGUUGGAGUCAAACAGGAGCACUGGGCUCUGGAUCAUAUCCCAAACAACCCAACAGCUUUCUCUCUUUCCUCCAGUCAUGCACCUUCCCAGGAUCGAAUGGUCGGGCCGGAUGUGGCUUGUUAUGAUUCCUGUGACCUCCCAGUGCAACAUAGUAUUCCUUCUCCAAACCCCCCUCUUCUCCACCGUCCUCCCUCCGCCUCACUUCCCCUUCAAGCCUCCUUAAUGUUUCCUCAGACCUCCUCAGUCCCUCUUCAGAACUUAUUUCCACUCCUGCCUCCUCAGACAGUUACCAUCCCUGCACAGAUCACCACGAUUCCUGCACAGAUCACCACGAUUCCUGCCCAGAUCACCACGCUUCCUCCACAAGCCUCUUCUGUUUCCAUUGAGACCCUAAAUGCCCCUCGCCACACCUCUCCUGGUGUACCUCUGAGGAAGCCGUCUCACUUUCUAAGUUCCAGGAGUACUUUAGAAACCACAGCUGACCCUCAGAAGGAUUCACUGCUUUCUGGCCCAGAAGUGCUGAGCAUCAAGCAAGAGCCAGAGGACCAGCUUAAUCUGGGAUGUUUGGGCCUCCAGGAAAUAACGCUGGAUGAUGUGAACGAGAUCAUCGACAGAGACAUCGUCAGUUUGAGCACCAGCAUGCAGCCUGACCAGCGUGACCAGUUCCACCAGUACAGCUGGGAGCUCAAAUCCAGCGACACCACCCUGCCUUUCGGUGGAGACCCUGACGAUGGUCUGGAUGUUGUACAAAGUGCCCCAAAGUGAUCUUCUAGUGCCUGGAAACCAAACAGCAGCUUCACUGAGGAGUGUGUGGGCUCCAUUCAGCUGACCACCACAUUAAAGUUUCAUUCUUUCUCAGGAAUUUACUGAAACCAACUCGUACCUCACAGACGUACCAAAGAUUCUGACUUUUCCAAACCAAAUUGGAGGAAAUGUAAAACAUGACAGAAGGGCUGUAAUCUGACUUAAAAACAAUCAGUUUGUCUUCACAGAUGCUAAAGUUGCACAGAAAUGCACCCUGUCUUUUAUUGGCCAGUAAUUGAUCUAUUUUUGAUAUUCUGGAUGGGGUCCAGUAAAAACUAGUCCGUCAGCUAAUUACUUUUCUUCUGUUGCCUUUGAGCUACAUUACUGCUGUCCAAACCGAGCUGAUGUGGUGUGACCUGUCAGACACUGAAAUGUAACGUUAAGCUAAAGUAAAAAUGACAUGUGAUGCUCAGA